AAAACUGAGGAAAAAGCUGUCAGUUCUAACUAGUCUUCAGUUUGUCGCUUAUCUGGUAACAAGUAAUUCAACCGUGUCUCGAAGCAGAAGAACUGAUAAAAUGAAAAUUUUUUUUUCUCGAUUUUCUUCAUCGUUAUUCCAGGUUACCUUUGAUAAAUUGCUCCGUGAUUUUGGUUUUAAAUGAGGAAAUCAGAAAUAAUGGAACUUUUAUUUGAUAAGAGUGAGAAAAAGUUUUCUUAAGUAAUAUGAUUUCUAUUGUUGGAUUUAAAAAUCGUUUGCAUUAAGAUUACAAUAAGUUGCUUCAAUCCCAAACGCAGAAUGACAGAGUUAAAAAGUCGUUUGAAUGAAAUAUUUUAGACACUUUCCCAUCACCUGAGAAUUCCAGAGUUGUGGAGGGAGUUAUUGUAAACAUCACAGGUGCGGUGGAUUCUGUACCUCCCACUCGACACCCCUUCUUCGUUUCUCAUUCUGAAAAAGAUUCUAUCUUUUCUCCCCCAUCCCCUAAACGAAAACUGACGAGAGGAGGCACGUGAUUUCAAGAAAUGACAGAUCAACCAGGCAUCAUUCUGUGGCAAACUCUCGAGAAGAGAGGAGCAUUGUGGAAUUCGUCUGCUUGUUUAUCGUCUGUUUGGAAUUUAUUCUUAAUUAUGAUUAGAUGUUCUUUCUUUAAAGGAUUUAUAAUUGAAUUAUUUUCCUAGAAUAACUGUCGUGAUAUUUACCAACAGUAGAAAUGUUGCAUUUAAAUUUCAUUGGAUUUAGUGACCGGCACAUUUAUUAAAUUCGUCGAGAUACUAUUUAUGCAUUUGUUAAAACUUCGACGAGAGAUUGUCUCAGAUGAUGCAAAAUUCUUUUAUGUUUUAGAAUCAUGGAUUAUUCGUCAAAAAAACAUUCAGGCCAGAUCGAGAUUAUCCCUCCUUUAAAAAUGAAAGUUUCAACAAUUGUUCCGAGUUCAGGAAGUCCUAAAAAAAUUGAUAGAACUUAUAUCAUUUCUGUAUCAUUUAUUGCUGGGUUUUUAAUUGGAAUACCGAUCACAUAUAGUUUUUUGUUCCUUCCAAUUUACGUUGAUUCGUCAUUCCGGAAUAACAUUCCAGAACGAACCCUAAGCUCCUUGAUAAAUGACGGAAAAGGUUAUGUGGGGAAUGACACCCCAGAUUUAUCGGCGCGCCGCCCGUUGGUUGCAGGGCGAGGGCAACAGUUCGCCGGCAUCAAAACUAUGAUUGUCGCCGGAGGCAACUUAACAUCGGAGGCUACCUCCUCCCUACUCAGGCACCCCGCCGGGCCGUCAAAAUCUCUGCAGACUAUAACUGAAAAAUCCGGUCCUGGUUCUCCAAGGAAUAAAAUUUCCAAACAUUCGACGGUGAAAGAUCUCCCAAUGUUUUCCAGUUUACUUGUGAAACCCAUUAGAAAAAUAGAGCCUACAAUUGAUUUGUUUUUUAAUAACAGACGUCGAAAAAAUUCACUGGAAAAAGCCUCCAAAGUUUAUCCUGUUGACGAUGUGGUGGAUGGUGUGUUUUGGACUCCUCUUUCUGAGCGAUUCGUACCAAAAGGAUUCGAUGAUUAUGACACCAAAUUAUGGAAACGGUUCCUUAAUUCUACUGAAGUCCUUAAAGUUGAAGAAGGAUGUGGAAGGAUGCAAAACAGACUCGUGACACUUGCUGAAGGUGGUAAGUCAUGCUGUCGUUAUAGACACAAUAACGACCAAAUCCAGGGAGAGAUUUUCUCGUUUUAUUUAGGCCGCCUUUUGGGCAUCAGGAAUUUGGCACCUUCUGCACUGGCUGUAGUGGACGGUCGGACAAAAAGGUGGUCAUCAGCUGCUUCUCAAAUAGCACUAGCACAAUGGAACUAUGAAAGACCAGUUGUGCUAACUCAAUUUGUGGAAGAUCUCCAGCCUGCCUUUAUACCUAGGCAUUUUCGUUUGACAGAAACGCGACGUCUUCAUCCUAUCACCGAAGACGUCUUCAAUCUAACCGCGAAAGACAUCUCUAUGCUUGUACAGUGGUCAGAUUUGAUUGUGUUCGAUUACCUGACCGGCAAUUUGGACAGAGUUGUGAACAAUAUGUACAACGAGCGUUGGAAUCCUGAGAUGAUGAAUCAGCCCACGCACAAUUUGUUCCAGACUCCUGAUGGUCUUCUGCUGUUCUUGGACAACGAGUCAGGUCUGUUGCAUGGAUACAGACUGCUCGAAAAAUAUGACCAUUUUCACAAAUCACUUUUAGACAGCCUGUGCAUAUUUAAAAAAGAAACUAUUGAAGCUGUUGAUAGACUCCAUGAAGGUAACUUAGAGAUGCUGCUACAAACAUCAUUUGGGGAGAGAGAUCCAGGAAUGGUCAAGAAUUUCAUUUAAAUUUGACUAUCGAAAUUCGGCUUGGAUGUGUAAUUUUUUUUAGCAUUUUUCAACUGAAAGCAAAUUAAGAGAGUGCAAAUUUGUAAAAAUGAAUUUAUUUUUUUAAUGUAUUGAAAUGAGAAAAGUGAUCCACUCAGCAAAAUGUUGAUAAAUUAUUAUCUUUAUUUUAAAUUAUGCCUGUAAUAUAUUUUUGUUAAAUUCAUUGGUAUUAUAUUUUUUGAUAUUGUAAAAGCAUACAUUUUUAUGCUUAUAUUUUCCUAGUCGAAUAGUGGGUUCACCCACCUUGUAUAUUGUCUAUUUUUAUUUUCAAUCUUUGAGCAAAUAAAUGUGAUUUUGGAAUUCA